AUGGGCUCCGCAAUCCUCCGUUGUCUUUUCAUCUGCAUCAUUGCAGCAGUCUUGGCUGCAACCCAAGAGGAAAAGGUUUUCGAUCUUGGACAACUCAGUCAAUAUCAAGGAAAUGGAAAACUUCCAGAUCUCAGUGGUAAAGUGAUCUGGAUGUCGGGCAAAGAGGGUGCAGGGUUCCAUGUUGCCCUGUCACCUGAUGCUCAGGGAGAAGUCCGGAAGACGUUGAUCGGUUGCGAAAAGACUGAUGACAAGUGCUACCAAGGCGUACGAGAGAUAAUUCAAUCGGCCAAUCUUGUAAUCGACGCCGAGAUUGAACGUCGCCACUUUGGGCAUUUCCUCUCCAAGACAUUCAAGUCAAAAGGCUCCGCGUUCACAACAAUUGCUAUGUUGCUUCUUUCGGCCUGGAGCUUCAAGCAUCCCGAGCAGCCAACCAUUCAAUUUGGGGACCAUAUAAUUCCUGAUACAAAGGCUAGUAGCGCGGCUGGUCUUGCGGACACGAAAACGAUUGUCUUAUCUGCAGAAGGGAAGGGCGUUGCUACACUCAUCCCUGUGCCAGAUCCAACCAGACCAGAAGGUACUGCCACACCUUUGAUCACGCCCAUUACCACCGCUAUUGCCGGUUAUAUCCCAGGGGAUCUGAUGGUUACCAUGGACGAAGGACUAGCCAAGCGGCUCGAAGAAAUUAUACGAAGGUCUACCGACUGCCUUGAUGGCAGGCAGUUCGACAGUGAUGCCAAUGGAAAACGCGCUGCUCAGUUUGGAGCCGCCAUAUGUGGUGCUCAAGGGGCCAUCGGCAUGGCAACUCCUGGUGGCCCACUGGAAGACCUCCUUCUCAUGAAUCCACCAACCUUACCAUUCACGGCUGGAAAUGUCGCCAAUGCCGCCCUUGUCGUCACGGAGUUUGUUAGAGACUUCGCCCCGCUGAUGAAUAUCGGGGAAAGCGCCGCACAGGGUAUUGGCGAAGUUGUCUUCAUGAUGGCUUACAACACCCUGAUUGAAAAUCUACCCCUGGGAGACAAGAAUCCGAUCAAGCAAAAGCUCAUGUCGGGCACCAUCACCACACCACCCGCCUCAGCCACAGCAACUACUAUGUCUGGAUGUUCACGAAGUACUGCCUGUGAGGCCUCGUGUGAGGGCGUUGGCAUUAUGUUUCAAUAUUGCGAAACAUCGUGCGGAGCCGUGUCCGGAUGCCGAACCGAUGCAGGGAGUCAGACAUCAACGCCCAUUACCACAAUAACGACGACAACGUUGACCCCAUCUGCCAACCCAAAUUGCGCCAUGGAUAAAGCUGCCGAGAUUCAAUGGGAUGCAUUUGCAGGGUCAAAGUACAACGUGGCAGCAAAGUUCUGCCAGGAAGUCGACGCCCUGGCUUCACAGGCGCUUUCAUGGGUUGUCGACAUAAGUGGUAACAAUCAGGAAGCCAAGCUGCAGGCCCGAACUCCGCCAGUCACACUCGACCCGUACAAGGGCUACAUCGUGAAUCUCGAUUGGAAACCAAACAAGGUAUUUGACGCAGGCUCUUGCCAGAAAAGCUGCCUAGACGCAUACAAAACAGUUGCGAACACAUGCGGACACACGGGAGGCGAAGGCAACGUCAUGGCCGAAAAGGGCCAAUACGAUGCUGGUUGCGGGACGUACUCAUACCAAAUCACCAACACAGCCCCUCGUAAAGGCGAACUGCGUUGCAACAGCGAGGGCGACUUUCCGAAGCACAAAGAUGUCCACGAAGUGACAGUCAAGCAGGGACUCAAGGCUAUGUGCAAUGAGGUCUUACCUGAUGUCGUGACACCCGGACAUGAGGCAAUAACCCGGAUCUACUACUCGAAGUAUUUCAAUGCCGCGAAGCUGAAGUAUUCCGUGGCUUGGAGAAAACAGUGCUCACCUGCUGUAACGGAGCAGAAUCCCAAGGAACCUUGGGGUGGGGGUACAAUUGGAUGUCGCCAAUUAUUCUACCAACUUUGGACCGAUUGUAUCAAUGGAGGUGUUGCUGGAACGCGGGAUAUUGGGUGUUUGACAUAUUCCUUGAGUCCUACGGAAGAGUGA